GUUAAUGCCAAAACUACUUCAAUGUUAGGGACUGAUUCUGUGCCAAGCGCGAAAGGUGACAUUAAGACGCUGUGUUCACCAGAAGAUCGGCAAAGGAUACAUGUUGGAUGGGUGGCGGGACCUUCGGAUGCUAGAGAAGAAUAUGACCAUGGAGGGUCUCCUCCUCCAAUCGACCUGCCUGAUGUACAACUGCAGAACCACUUGUGGGAAACCUAUGUGAAUGCUCAAAUUUCGCUGUGGAUUGAUUGCGAUUCCGAUGAUGAAGAAUUGGCCGCGAUGUCAGAAAUUGAACUGUGGAAGGAGCUCAAUUACAUUGCGUAUAUGGGAUUGCGAAGUGCCGUUAUUCGACUAAAACAUGCGGAUUCUCCUCGCUUGGCGCAGGUUCUCAAUCAGUGGUUAUGGACGAAAAACGUGAACUUGGGCUUAUGGAUACUCAUACCCACGCGAUUCGAUGAUUUCAUAAGAUUGUCAAGUGACACUAGAGACUGCUGGACUGUUUGGGCCAAUUUUCGUAAACUGUGCUCGAAUUUUUAUAGUCAAAAACUAAUAGCCGGCUUACAAUUCACGGUCGAUAUCGAUGAUGAAUUCGUUGAUAAAAAGUUGUUAUCUCGAUGGAAGGCGGAACCACUCGCGACAUUCUGCGUGGACGUGGAUGUAUUCGUUCGUUGCAGAGAGACUGAUCAAAUCUCCCUUCCACCUGCACAUGCUAAUCUUCUACUUGAUUUAUGGAUGCCGGAAAAAGGGCGAAUAAUGGUGCGCGGAUCUUCAGAACAUGACACUAGUCCUUCAUUGCAACGCCAGUGUGCUCAGGCUUUACGUGCUAUCGUACGAGAUGUAAAUGACCGUCCAAGCGGCAUUACGUUUUCGGGAUUUCUGGUUGAUUCCAACAUCAGUUAUAUCGACGUUCUGCAAGUACCUCUUCAACCGUUGGCUGAUAACCUUGACUCGUGCGUGUACAACACUUUUGAACAAGAUCCUGUUAAAUAUAAACGAUAUCGAGAAGCCAUUGAAUCCGCAGUGCACGACUUUGGAGAACUGUCAUCUCACCCUGAGCAUCUUGUUCUGUGGCGCAAUCGUUGUGUUAUCAUCGAAUCAGAUAUGCGGAAUAUUCCCGUGAUCGCCUCUGGAAAAGGCUAUCCGCAACCCGAUAUAGUUGUAUCGGAAUUAUUGGGUUCUUUUGGGGAUAACGAACUCAGUCCUGAAUGUUUGGAUGGCAUUACUCCGUUUUUGAAGCCAUCCACAAUUAGUAUUCCGCAAACGUACACAAGUUACGUCGCGCCAAUCAUGAGUCUUCAUAUUCAUCAACAAAUCAAGAUGUGUGGAGCCAGCUACUGGAAUCGUGGGAUUUCAGGCCACGGACGAAACGGUACCACACUUCAAGCUGAUGGAAGCUACCGACAGUGCUACCCGCAAGGUGAAUACAUUGCGAAUAUGGACCAAAUCUAUGUAGCAUAUCUACGGCAAUACUGUGCACUUGCUGAGCCGAAACCAUUGUUCACGUUCAAUCAUCCGAACUUCACGAAAGAGUCAAAUGCUAGAAGUGGCUGGGUCUCAUUCGAGAUAGAUCGCCCGGCUGACUUGAUGGGCUUUGCUGGAUAUUUUCACAUGAAUCUAUACAAAGAUAUAGCUCUAUCGAUUGUACCUUCAACGUAUUCGGAAGGCAUGAUUAGUUGGUUUCCUGCGGUUGUACCUCUAAGAGAACUGUAUCGUGUUCAAAAUGGAGAUACAAUUACCCUUAAUAUAGAAAGGAAGGUGGACGACACAGGUGUAUGGUACGAAUGGUUCAUACAUCAUACGGUAAUAUUGCUUAUAAUUUAUUUUUAG